AUGUCGACACCAAAACCCAUCAGAUCCUACUUGGAUCUAGUCAAGGAGUGUAAUUCGUUCCCAUAUAUCCAGGAUGACCCCGCGGGCUACAAGGCAUACGUUUCCAACUUCCAUGAAUUCAAAAUCAAUGGUUACUCUCAAAUUCUCGGCUACAUGCCAAAUGAGAUAGUCGAAAAGUUCUCAUGGCCAGAGCCAACAUGGAAAGUGGUCAAAGGUGUAGAAGGGCAAUCUGGCACCAUAACUCUCAUGUCACCCGAAAAUGUAUCACCGGAGGAACGGACUACCUUGAUCAACAACACUCUCCAGGAGGCUCGCAACACGUUCGAAGUCCUCAAGGGGAAGGGGUGGCGCAAUGAAAUGUAUCCCAUCUACGUCCCCGGGACGAACAAGCUCCUCGCCAGCAUGGAGCGUUCGGCAGCAUGCCUCUUUGGUAUCCCCACCUGGGGAAUCCACAUGACCGCUUACGUCGAGAACGCCGACCGAACGUACAUGGUUUGGGUCCCAAGGCGCUCAAUGACAAAAUCAACGUUUAAAGGGAUGCUGGAUAAUAGCGUCGCUGGAGGGAUGGCCACGGGCGAAAGGCCGUUUGAAUGCAUGCUGCGGGAGGCAGAAGAGGAAGCAUCUCUCAAUGAAGAAGUCGCGCGGAAUGCGAUAUCGGCCGGCGUUCUACGUUAUAUAUACGAACGUGACGAGAGGGCUGGUGGUGAGACGGGCCUGCUGCAACCCGAAUGUGAAUAUAUCUACGAUCUCAAGCUUCCUCCAGAUGUCAUCCUGAAGCCGAAGGAUGGCGAGGUGGAGAGGUUCACUCUAAUGUCAGUCGACGAUGUUAUUAUCGAGCUGAAGCAGGGUAACUUCAAGCCUAAUUGCGCCGUGGUUAUUAUCGACUUCCUAAUCAGACACGGAAUUCUUAAGCCAGAAGAUGACAACCAUUACGAGGAGAUCUGCUCGAGAUUGCGCCGACGUAUUGAAUACGCGAACAUCUAA